AAACGAAAGGAUUGAUUUACCCUACACCAGAAAAGGGCGAACAAGCCGCAGAUCUCUCUUUCAGUGUGCAAAAAAGCAGCCAAGCCGUUCGUAUUAAACGAAGGGAAAAAUCUCGUGGCACAAGGCACAGGGCAAAGAUACCAUCAAAUACUACGCACCAACCCGGUAAUACUUGAACGUGGCGGCCUUUCUCUGACCUCCUUUAUAUAAGAGCCGAAACAAUCAACCCCAGCACGGCACCAACGUUUUUUUUUUUUUUAUCAUUUUAGGUGACUCUGUUGUAUUCUAUGUGCUCGAAUCCCUCCAUCUACCCAUCUCCAUCUCCCUAUCGACUCUCGAUAAAUCGCCACCAGUGAAGCACCUAUCAUUCUCCACUCUACUCCCUCUCUCUUCGCCUCAUAAAUAUCUCCAUCUGAGCUGACGCGCUCCGUGUUCCAGUUCCCUUCCAAAAUGAACGGCACGGAUCCUUCUCGUGGUUUUUUCAAAGACGUUAAGCGUCUCAUUAUCAAGGUUGGGACUGCUGUCGUUACUCGAACUGAUGGAAGAUUAGCCCUUGGGAGAUUAGGGGCACUUUGUGAGCAGAUCAAAGAUCUGAACUCUCUCGGAUACGAAGUUAUUGUGGUGACAUCUGGUGCUGUUGGACUCGGUCGCCAAAGGCUUAAAUAUCGAAGAUUAGUUAACAGCAGCUUCGCCGAUCUCCAAAAACCGCAAGUUGAUUUUGAUGGCAAGGCUUGUGCAGCUGUUGGACAAAACAACCUCAUGGCUUUAUAUGAUACAUUGUUUAGUCAGCUGGAUGUUACAUCAGCACAGCUUCUUGUGACUGAUAGUGAUUUCAGGGAUAAAGGUUUUAGAAAGCAACUAGACCAGACAGUGAAAUCACUAUUAGCUCUGAGGGUUAUUCCUAUAUUUAACGAGAAUGAUGCAGUCAGUACUCGGAGAGCUCCGUAUGAGGAUUCUUCUGGAAUAUUUUGGGAUAAUGACAGUUUAGCAGCUUUGCUGGCUCUGGAGCUAAAGGCUGACCUCCUUGUUCUGUUGAGUGACGUAGAGGGUCUUUAUAGUGGUCCUCCAAGUGACCCACAGUCGAAGCUGAUCCAUACAUACAUCAAGGAAAUACAUCAGAGUGAAAUUACUUUCGGAGACAAGUCUAGGGUGGGUCGAGGGGGCAUGACAGCCAAAGUAAAAGCUGCUGUCAAUGCAGCUUAUGCUGGCAUCCCUGUCGUUAUAACCAGUGGAUAUGCUCCUGAAAACAUAAUGAAAGUCCUUCAAGGAGAGCGUGUUGGCACUCUCUUUCAUCAAGAUGCACAUUUGUGGGUCCCGGUUAAAGAAGUGAGUGGCCGUGAGAUGGCAGUUGCCGCAAGGGAAAGUUCCAGAAGGCUACAGGCUUUGUCUUCGCAAGAUAGGAAAAAGAUUUUGUUGGGCGUAGCUGAUGCCCUAGAAGCCAAUGAAAAGCUGAUCAAGAUUGAAAAUGAAGCUGAUGUUGCUGCUGCACAACAGGCUGGAUUGGAGAAGUCUUUGAUAUCUCGGUUGGCUCUAAAGCCUGGGAAGAUUGAGAGUCUUGCGAACUCUAUUCGGGUGCUUGCAAACAUGGAAGACCCAAUUGGUUGUGUUUUGAAGAGAACUGAGCUAGCCGAUGGACUCCUCUUAGAGAAAACCUCAUCUCCUUUAGGCGUUCUCCUGAUUGUUUUUGAGUCUCGACCAGAUGCACUGGUGCAGAUAGCUUCGUUGGCAAUCAGAAGUGGGAAUGGACUCCUCUUAAAAGGAGGAAAGGAGGCCAAGAGGUCGAAUGCGAUUUUGCACAAGGUAAUCACUACAGCCAUUCCAGACACUGUUGGUGGAAGACUUAUUGGGCUAGUGACUUCAAGAGAUGAAAUUCCUGAUCUGCUUAAGCUUGAUGAUGUUAUCGAUCUUGUGAUCCCAAGAGGCAGCAAUAAACUAGUUUCUCAAAUCAAGUCAUCCACUAAAAUUCCUGUUCUUGGACAUGCUGAUGGAAUUUGUCAUGUGUACAUGGAUAAGUCUGCUAACAUGGAAAUGGCAAAGCGUGUUGUCUUAGAUGCCAAAAUAGAUUAUCCAGCAGCUUGCAAUGCGAUGGAAACACUUCUUGUGCACCAGGAUUUGGUGCAGACCGCUGGGCUUAAUGAGCUUAUUGUUGAUCUUCGCACUGAAGGUGUUACUUUAUUUGGUGGACAGAGGGCAUGCAAGGAGCUGAACCUUCCAGAGGCACAUUCUUUACAUCACGAGUACAAUUCCAUGGCUUGCACUGUUGAAAUUGUUGAUGAUGUGCAUGCUGCCAUCAAUCAUAUACAUCAACAUGGAAGCGCGCAUACUGAUUGUAUCAUAGCAGAAGAUCAGGAUGUUGCUGAACUCUUUCUAUGUCAAGUUGACAGUGCUGCUGUUUUUCACAAUGCAAGCACAAGAUUCUGUGAUGGGGCUCGAUUUGGAUUAGGUGCAGAGGUUGGAAUAAGCACAAGCAGGAUUCAUGCUCGAGGCCCUGUAGGUGUUGAAGGAUUGUUAACAACUAAAUGGAUUCUUAGAGGUAGUGGACAAGUGGUGAAUGGUGAUAAAGGGGUGAUUUACACUCAUAAGGAUAUGACCUUGCAAUCAGUCGAUUAGCAAGGUAGCUUUCUCACUUGAAGAUGAUGGUGAUAGUGGACAGCACGCCUUUUGCUUUUGAGUUACUUUUCAUAUUUAUGCAGCCGAGUCUGUAUGUUAGGCAGUUAUCAGAUCCAUCUCAAUUUUUUUCUUGGCCUGAUGACCAUUAGCAAUUCCAGCUGGGUGUCAACAUUGCUGAUGCCUUUUGUACCGUAGAUAUUUUUGAUAAUCUAGCAGCCGUUUAUUUAUGAA